CGAGCUACUGCAGGUGCAAAGCUGGGGACGGGCUAGGCGCUGCUGCGAAGCCGAGGAUAAAACACACAUUUCAUGAUGGCGUCUGCAAAUGCCACAUACGGACAGAAGGAGUCCUCGGACCAAAACUUUGAUUACAUGUUUAAAAUCCUCAUCAUUGGCAACAGCAGCGUAGGAAAGACAUCCUUCCUUUUCCGCUAUGCAGACGACUCGUUCACGCCAGCCUUUGUCAGCACAGUGGGCAUCGACUUCAAGGUUAAGACCAUCUACAGGAACGACAAGAGGAUAAAGCUGCAGAUAUGGGACACCGCUGGCCAGGAGCGCUACAGGACAAUCACCACAGCUUACUACAGGGGAGCCAUGGGCUUCAUCCUCAUGUAUGACAUCACCAACGAGGAGUCCUUCAAUGCCGUUCAAGACUGGUCGACCCAGAUCAAGACAUACUCAUGGGACAAUGCCCAGGUCCUCUUGGUGGGGAACAAGUGUGAUAUGGAGGAUGAACGAGUGGUGGCUGCAGAGAGGGGCCGGCAGCUGUCAGAACAGCUGGGUUUUGAGUACUUUGAAGCAAGUGCUAAAGACAACAUUAACGUGAAGCAGACCUUCGAGCGGCUGGUAGACAUCAUCUGUGAGAGGAUGACUGAGAGUAUGGACAGCAACGACCCGACUGUCAUUGGCGCUAAACAGGGGCCACAGCUCAACGAGCAGCCUCAGAGGUCCCAUCAGGAUUGUGCUUGCUAAACAUGACCACACACACUUUGUCUGCCGUCCUAAAAUCCACACCCCUUUUUAUUCAGUUUGUCUCUCACUUUCUUUCUCACGUGCACAUACACAUAAACACAUGCAGUAUUACAAACACUGCCAUACAGAGACACACAGCCUGGCUGCUUAGAUUCUCCACCUCAGUCACUACACCCAGAGCUCUGUCCACAUGAGCAGCUCUCCCCAAAGGUUUGGUGUUUUAUAACUAUCAUCUUAAAGUUUUGCUAAUUUCAGAAAUACAGAGAUUAUGUGAUAGUGCUAAGUCAGAGGGGUGAAGAACAUUUAACAGAGGAACAAUCCCAAAUUGUCUUUAUCUUUCUUAUUUGUACAUGUAUACACAUGCACAAACACACACACGGACGCACUAUACUGUAUCUCAGCAGAAAUAUAAAAGGCCAGUCAAGGCUGUGACUCCAUCAUUCCUGAUUCUUGAUUCCUGUAAUUGGGUUUUGCUCUAAAAGGCUGUGAAGGAGGAAUGUUGGAGGGAUCCUUCAACCGCAGCUCCCUCUCAGCACUAAGGCCUCGAACCUAAAUGGAUACAAGUCAUUUGUUUAGUCGCAUUGGAAAUAUGUGUUUGUUGCUGUGAAUAGAGUUGCUGUUUUGUUUUGUUGUUUGUUUUUUUUUAAGUUUUUGAGUUGGUUGGGUGUGGCUUUGACCAUGUGAAAUCACCAGUCCUUCCCAGUGUUGUGAUUGAGUUUCUACAGGUAGUUUUGGUCCAAGUUUGUUAUCCAAGCAGUCAUUUGAAAGUUUGUUUUUCUUGUAAUUUUAGCAAUGAAUAGCAAAAGUCAUGCAUAUCAGUCUGCUAGUCGGUAUAUCAUUAUUAUUCAUUUUUGGC